GACGCCGACAUCGAGCACCUAGUCCUCUCAGGCAAGCUCUUCGGCACAAACUCCCGUUCCUCCUCUCCCGAACGCAGCCCCUCCCCAACCCUCUCCUUCGCAUCCGCAUCCUCCGACUCCUCCCACCGCCACAUCCACCAACACAACUGCGAUGCCACGGCACAACAAGAGUCCAUCGGCAUGGGGCCCGGGCGCACGGGCGUAAAAGGCGUCAUCCGCGAUCAACACGAAGCAGCUGCGCUCCAAGCUGAGCGGCGCGCACGCGAAAUGGAAGAAGUGCGGAAGCGCAUGGAGAGGGCUGAUCUCGGGGGGAAAACGUUCUUAGAGGAACAAGCGGAGAAAGACGCGCUUGAUCCUGAGAAGCGGACGAAUGUGCUUGGGAUACCCAAGACGGGGCGGUUUGGGCAUCUCAGGGAGGUCGGCCGUGGGGGGUUCGUGAGUGCUGUGGAGAGGGAGGAUAGAGGUGUUUGGGUUGUUGUGCAUUUGUAUGAGUCGUCGUUGGAUCGGUGUUAUGCUCUUGAUGAGGUGUUGGCGAGGCUUGCGAGGGUGUAUCCUGAGACGAAGUUUGUGCGUGCGCGGGCGGCUGCGCUUGGGUUUGCGUCGACUGCGUUGUCGUCGUCGUCGACUCGGGUGCGGUCCAAGUUGAAUGGGAUGCCUGGGCGGUUUGUUGAGGAUGAUGAUGAGGAUCCGUAUGCUGAUGGGGCUGAUGAGAAGCCUUAUUAUGAUGAGGAGGAGGAGGAUGAGGGGGAACAGGAGGAGGACGUCGACACCGACAUGCUACCAACAUUACUGGUCUACCGCGACGGUGAGCUCGUGCAUAAUUGGGUACGCGUAGACUGGGAAGCAGGGCAGGCGGGUGUUGAGGAUUUGCUUGCAAGACGAAACGUCAUCUCAUCAUUCAGGUCAACUGGCAAUUGUGGUUUGCCAGAAGAUGACGUUGAUGAUCUGAUAUGGAGCGACGAAGAUGAACGAUGA